UGAAUUAUUUAAAAUUAGUUUAGGGUUUUGUCAACAUUUUAAAGUUUAAAUGGUGGCUCUAGCUGAAAGAUUGAGGAAGAAGAAGGAUUUGGAAGUUGAAGAAGUUUAAAGAAGUUUGAGAGGAUUUGAAAGAAAACUCCAUUGGAAACCCAUGUUAAAAAUAUUAUGAAUAUUGAUUUAUAUUAAUUCAAGCAUAAGAGGUACAAAGCUGAAAAGUCAUAGCACCCAUGGCCUGAAACUGCUGAAUUUUUUGUUAGCUGAACGGUUUUAAUAGCUGAAGAUUUGAAGGCGCUGAAAGGUGUCUUGGAAGAAAUAGAAGUUGAAUAAAGAUUCAAAGAACAAUACUUGGAAUGCUGAAGCAGCAUUCCAACAAUAAGUUGAAUAAAGAUUCAAAGAACAAUACUCGGAAUGCUGAAGCAGCAUUCCAACAAAUAUAUAUGUGAGAGAACAAUGGUUGUGCUCACCGAAGGCGUGAGCACACCCAAUUAACUGACAAGUUAGCUAUACGACUUCUCAAAGACGCACAAUCUCAACUGCGGUGUGAAGCGCGUAUCCGUGCUAUUCUCCGACAUGCACUCUAACAAUCACAUAGACAUCCUAACAUUUUGUACAGCCCUAUUUCUGAUACCAUGGCGGCAGAAACCACGGCAAAAUAAACAUAGAGGAAACACUUUAACGUGCAAGGUCCCAUCCUCUAUUUGCCAACCAUAGAUGUAUAUAUGUCUGUUGCCAACCAUAUCCAUCCAUGUUGACAAAAAGCAGCUACCUUAUUGGUGUAGAACGAUCACGUGUUGAACCAUGCCACCAAAAUCCUAUUACGCUCUGAAGAAACUAGUUCUGCAUAAAACAUAGACGCAUCGACAAUCGACUGGAAUUUCAGCGACAAACUUUUUUUGGUAGCUUAGCAAGACUCGUUCUUUUUUAUGAGCUAAAGAUUGUGUAGAUGCCAGACUGGGUUGAAACGAUAACAGGGUUCACCUUACGGCCUAUAUGAUAUACUCUCCAGAUGCUCUGCAAAUAAAGUAUUCUAGAGUCACUGGACUGUGGACAGCCCAUGAGACAUAUGCCUACAUUGGAGAGUCAAUCGGGAAAACUGGCCAGCAGAGAACAGCAUUAUGGGUGCAGUCUCUUCACCAAGAAGAAAGACUCGGAAGCUAUGUGGCAAAGGAGUACCUUAAACCCAAAGAGAUCCAGUUCCACCUAAAUGAUGUGGAGAGACAGAUGACUGCUCAGUACUAUGUGACACAGUUUAACAAGACGCUCUACAACCACAAAGUCACAGCGCAAAUCUUCUUUAUUCCCUCAGAAGUGCUGCUGAUACUGGAGGAGGAUGAAAUUAUAGGCUGUGUGACAAUGGAACCCUACCUGCAAGGGGAUUUUGUUAAACUCACCAAUAAUACUGGCAAAGUGGUCAAGAGGCUCAAAGCAACAGAAUAUGGAAUAGCAUUUGGACAUUUCACCUACCUGUAUUCUAACAACCAAGAGAUUGUGGUGGACUUACAAGGGUGGGUAACAGCUAAUGGUAAGGGACUGACAUACCUCACAGAUCCCCAAAUCCACUCUCUCAAGACCCCCAAGGGUGCCAGUAACUUUGGAAAGAGAGGACUCCAGUAUUUCCUAGAGGAGCAACAUGGACCAGAAUGCAAUAAUAUUUGCAAACUUCUCAAACUAGCUCCAAUGGCUCCUAUGUAACAUGAUUAAUAAUGCUUCCACUUGCCAUUGUACCAGAGCUGUAUAUGUAUGUGUGUGUGAGGUCUAUUGUUUUGUCACUUUAAAUAUGUGUGUGCACAGUAAAAUGUGCAGUGUCAAAGUAACAGAGUUAAAUUUAACAUUUUUCCGGAGUGUAUUUGGUCCAAAUCGGAAUUGGUGUUAAUAGACUCUUUCACAAGUGUUAAAAUGGGUUAAAUUAACUCUAAAUAGAGUACAUACUUAACACUAUAGAGUGUAAGUGAGUGUUAUUUGAAAUGUAACCCUACAGAUUAAAUAACUCAGUUCUGUUGAUAAUUCAUUCUUCUGUGAUAAUAAAUCAACU